CAAAAUAAAAUGACAGCGUCAAGUCAAAGAAGAAAGGAUUGAGUCUCCACAAAUUUCUGUCUUUUUAUAAAAAUAAAACUAGUAGAUGGAUAUCACCGUAAUUUUUAGUUCAUAGGACAGUGCAGUGUUUUUUGGUGACUUGCAUAUACAUUACUAUCAUUCUGGAUUCCCAAAAGAGGACUUACCUGGACAUCUACAAGAUGGAUCUGGCGGAGACCAUGAAGAGUGUGCUCGCGAAGAGCACCGGCGGGUCGGGCGGCGGCGGAGGGAGCGCGGGCGCGGCGCCGCACGCCGCCGAGGGCUACGUCACGGAGAAGCUGUACAUGCUACUGCAGCUGUAUCUGCAGAACAAGGGCUGGAGCCCCAGCAUCGAGCUCUUGCAGUGUUUUAGUGAUCUUAAGGACUCCUCCAUGCUGCCCAGUGCUGCAUACCUUCAAAUGAUGGCAUCAAGAGUGGGGCUGGAUACCCAAGGCCGACUAAUUCUUAGAGAUAACGGGAAAAUAAUACUGCCAUAUGAGCACUUUGCCAAUGCUGUGAUGUUGAAGCAUAUGAAUGGGCCCCAUGGCCUGCAUUUAGGUUUAGAAGCUACGGUCAGAGCAGUGGUAGAAUCAUACACAAUAGGGCGGGAGCAGUUUGGCAUGGAGAAGGAGUUCAUUGUAGAGGUGGUGCAGAACUGCCCGAACCCGGCCUGCCGCUACUACAAGAACCAGCUGGAGAUGACGCAGAAGUCCAUACAGCAGCACCUUUCGCAACAGCCUACUUAUAUUCCAGAGUCGAGCGCGGCGAACCUGGCGGACAGCCAGGCCGUGGAGCGGCUGCUGCGCGGCUCGGCGCUGCAGGACUACCAGCUGCCGCUGGCGCCGCACCUCGCCGCCCUCACGGGCCUAACGUCGGAGAAGCCCGACCGGCGCACGCAGGCGCAAGACAAGCUCUCCCAACACCAGCAACAACUCCUUCUGCAACACCAGUCCCGCUCGCUGCACCAGGACAAGUACAGCCACCAGCGCUCCGGAACCUCCUCCGACACCAAGAAGCAUCACUACACAGACGAGCACAAGCUCACAGACUUCCUCAGAGCGAACCUAGAAAGCCUAGAGUCCCUAUCGGGGUCGGGCGGCAGCGGGAGCGGCGCGACGAGCACGUCGGGCGGCGGCGGCGGCGGCGGCGGCGGCGGCGGCGGCGGCGGGCAGGAGCGCGUGGUGCGCGCCUUCGCGGAGCUGGCGCGCAACCUGCAGCGCAUGCGGCCCUGCGUGCGCCCCGCCAUGUGCAAGCCCUACGGCAAGCAGUCCGAGCAGCUGCAGAAGAUCCUGCUGGACACGAUCCAGCUGGUGCAGUCGCUGCGCAGCUACCUGCCGCCGCCGCACAUCCAGGUCACCUCGUGGAAGAACGACGACAAACUACGUUCGAACAACAUGGAGGAGAUUGAGAAUCGCAAAAUAGUGAGUGGCAACUAGCCCCAGAGAGUCUGCGGCUAAGCGUCCUCUCACUCUAGGUAGUCUCUCACUUCUGCUCAUACUGACACUGCACCGGACUCUAACGCUAGCGACAUCUAUGUCGAAUAAAAGUCACCAUCGACAGAGAUCUAAACAGCAACGAAAAUAUAGUCCGUCUCUAUUUUAGUGUACUUUCAACCAAUUUGAUUCCUAGGCCACUAUAGAACCUUGUCGCUUUAACUAGAUACAUGACAUACAUCAACAUCACACAAUAAGCACUGUCGUAGAAGAUAAACAUAUUGAUUUAUGAUGACAUGGUUCUACAGUGGCCUAGGAAUCAAAUUGGUUGAUUGUACAUUUUCAAAGCUGCGCAAGUAUGGUUUGGCCAAGCGUCGUUGUCAAAGGUAAAAAAUACUGUAUUGUUAUUACGCUAGUAAUCACAAUAAGUUACUGACAGAUUUGGUCAGUCAAUAUAUAUCUGGAAUAUCUGCUCAUCACGAAGUGAUACAUAUGUGGUUACUGUGUAUGUAUAAUGGCGUUCAAUAGAAAUUUUCUAAUGUGUAUUCUUCUAAAGCAAGUUCAAAAUCCGAAUAGGUUUGUUUUUUUCUUUAAUACAAAGUCGAUAACCAACAUCAACAUCACAUAAAGUUGCUCGCAAUCACAAUAUUAAAAUGUUUGGCCUCUUCUAUUGAAUACUAUUUUGCAUCAUUUUACACUAUAAUAUAAGUGCGUAGAGUCCGGUUCGCUCUUUAACUACCGGUUUAAGUUGUUUGAUACACGAAUAUAGAAAGCUCCAAAUAGCAGGAGUAGGUACUUUUGUAUGGCAUUUUAUAUUGGUAUACUGGAACUUUCUAUAUUAGGGUAGCUUUCUUAUAAACUUUUUUUUGAAUUGUUGUAAACAGCAGCGGGAAUGUUGUAAAAAUUAGAAUUAGUCUGAUUUACGGAUAAUAAAAGUAUUGUGUUUACUUGCUGAUCGACUGAUCGCACAAUAUUAGAUAUCCAUAAAGUACAAGCCGAGAUGGAAAAGUAAAAAAAGUAGAGGCUUGAACCUUGAAGUCUUCUUAUACCUACAUAUAGCGUGUGUUCUCUAAAUGUGGCUUGCUCCUGAGGCCUGCUGUUGGGUGAUUGUAGUUGUUCUCAUUAUUUACUAAUAUUAUGCUUUACUUUAUGAUUUUUAUACACUUUCUCCUUACAAGCCGUUUUGGUUUAGUGUUAUUGUAUACGUUUAAUAUUUAUCUUAGUAUUUAUUUUACGUUUUUGUUAAAUUUCUUUACCUGUUAUUGUUCGUACAUGUCGUGUACUCGCUUUAUUGCUUUUGCUGUUGAGAUCUUUUUGCAGUUAUUGAUCCUGUUUCGUCCUUCUUUAUUUGAAUGUAUUAUCGUAAGUGCAUUAUUUACACUGUGAUAGUGGUGUAAUAGGUAUAGGCCUGAGCGAAGUCUUGACAUGAUUAUAUAAGUCAGUUUCAUUAAUUUAAACGAAGUGUGCGGCAAUGUUAAUCUUUACGUUCACACGGAAUAAUACGUUUCCAUAAAUUAGAUCGGUGGUUUCUUCUAUUUGAGGUUAUAUAAAUAUUUUUUGCACUUUUAGCCAAAUAAUUUGUAGUAUUUUCUCAAAAAAAAACUUUCAUAUU